ACUUUUAAAAAGUGCUUCUAUUUGCAUUUUUGUCAAAAGUACUUUUCAAAAAAGUGUUUUCGGGCAAAAGCUAUUUUUUUUAGCUUCUGAAAAAUUAUUUCUGCUACUCCCAAAAGUACUUAUUUUUUCACAAAAGCUUGGCCAAACACCUCACUUUUUUUCGAAUAAGCACUUAUUAAAAAAAAAAAUCGAAUAAGCACUUAUUAAAAAAAAAAAAAAAAAAAAAAGGUAUAGAGAUUUCUUAGCAAUCCAGUAUGGCCAGAAUUUUUCUGCUUCGCUCUCACAAUGGUAUUAUUCCCUUUCUCUCUACUUUCCAUUCUUGCUCUGCAAUUUCAACAAGACCUUAUUCUUCAUAUCAUAGUAAUACAUAUAUUUCAGUAAACAGUAAAUUUGAGAUGGUAAAGUGUUUAGAUGAUGCUGUUACUCUCUUCCAUCAAAUGGUCAGAAUGAAGCCUCUUCCUUCUGUUGUAGACUUCUCUAAAUUAUUGAAGACUAUGCUAAAUAUGAAGCAUUACUCAGCUGUCAUUUCUCUUUUUCGAGAAAUGUGUACACUGGACAUCCCAAUUAAUGAUUUCAUCUUGAAUAUCGUGAUUAACAAUUAUUUUCUGAUGCAUCAUGCUGAUUGUGCAUUUUCGGUGUUACCCAUUUAUUUGAAGAAUGGCAUUCCAUUUGAUGUUGUCACCUUUACCACCCUAUUAAGGGGAAUCUUUGCUGAUAAUAAGGUUAAAGAUGCGGUUGAAUUGUUCAAAAAAUUGGUGAGAGAGAAGAUUUGUGAGCCCGACAAAGUCAUGUAUGCAACUGUAAUGAAUGGUCUUAGCAAAAGGGGCGAUACCCAAAAAACUUUAAGUUUGCUCAGGAUAAUGGAAAAAGGGAACACUAAGCCCCACAUAUAUAUCUACAGCAUCGUUAUAGAUGCUCUUUGCAAAGAUGGAAACUUAGAUUCUGCUAUCAACCUUCUGAACGAGAUGAAACUGAAAGGCAUUCGUCCAAACAUAGUCACUUAUAGUUCUUUGAUUGAUGGUUUGUGUAAGCUUGGCCAGUGGGAAAAGGUUACGACUUUGUUCUCUGAGAUGGUAAAUCAGAAUAUUUAUCCAAAUGUGUGCACCUUCAACAUAGUGAUAGAUGGACUAUGUAAAGAAGGGAAGGUUGAAGAUGCUGAGGAAGUAAUGAAACACAUGGUCGAAAAAGGUGUAAAGCCUAAUAUAAUCACCUACAGUGCAAUAGUGGAUGGAUAUUGUUUGCAUGGUCAACUAGAUAGAGCGAGGAGAAAUUUUGAUCUCAUGAUAGAGAAGUGCAUUGAGCCUAACAUUAUUAGCUAUAACAUACUAAUAAAUGGAUACUGUAAACAAAAGAAAUUGGGGGAGGCCAUGCAAUUGUUUCGUGAAAUUUCUCAAAAGGGAUCAAAGCCUGAUAUUAUUACCUACAAUACUAUCCUGCAGGGUCUAUUUGAAGUCAGAAGAAUUGGUGAUGCAGAAAAUUUUUAUGCCGAGAUGCUAUCUGUGGGGCCCAUACCUGAUUUAAUCACUCAUCGCACUUUGCUCAAUGGUUAUUUUAAGUACGGACUUGUUGAAAAAGCUAUGUCCCUCUUUAAUAAGUUGGAAAGAAAGAGAGAAGAUAUUGGUAUUGUAUUUUACAAUGUUGUCAUUAAUGGAUUAUGCAAAAAUGGUCAACUCGAUGAAGCUCAUGCGAUUUUCGAGAAGCUUUCUUUGAUGGGAUUGUUUCCGGAUGUGAGAACAUACACUGUAAUGAUAAAUGGAUUUUGUCUUCAAGGGUUGUUUGAUGAAGCUAAAGAUAUGCUGAGAAGAAUGGAAGACAACAAUUGUUUUCCAAACAAUGUCACUUACAAUGUUAUUGUGCAAGGAUUUCUCAGGUUCAACAAAAUUAGUGAAAUGACAACUUUCAUGAAGGAAAUGGCUGGAAGAGGCUUCUCAUUUGAUGCAACUACAACUGAGUUUUUCGUAGACAUUCCAAGGGAGAAUCCUUCCGUCCUUGACAUGAUACCAGAGCUUCACUUGAAAAAUACGAAGUGAAUAUUUUUUUCGCUUGGUUUAUUCGACUAUGCUAUCACCAUGAUACCAUAUCCUGUUUAUCCAUGCAAAAGAAAUAUCAUCCAAUGCAAUUGCAGAAGCUGAUGGCUAUUAGAACAUUGUCUGAGCUUUCUAGGCUGGCCUAUUGAGAAGGUAGAUGAAAUAUUUUGAGUUUUUUUUCUUUUACAUGGUGUUGCAGAGUGUCAGUCCACAUUUGUCUUGGGGUGGGGAAAUGUUCUGGGAUGGUCAGCAUCUGAACUCUGCCAUUGGUUAUGCUGCUCGCUACAACACAUAUAAAAUGGGAUUCGGCCUAUUACUAGAUGUUAGAACAUUUUGUCAUCAAAUCAUAUUUUAUCUAGACUUGAGGUAUUAUAAUAUUGUUCAAAAGAUGAAUGGUUUGUUUGGGACUGAGGUGUAGUUAUUAUUGUUAUUGUGUUGGUAACACAUGGUAACAACUUAAAUUUCAUUGCUGUUAGACAGUUAGUUCUCUCUGGUCGCUUGCUUAUAACUAUUUCAGUUAGUUGAGAGGACUUCUAUUUAUUUUUGCAGUUAUUGUCUUUCCUGAAAACUAACAUGUAUAUCAUGCCAGUGAGACAUUUGAUUGAAUGCUUUCUCUGAGGAAGUUUUUCAAAAGCUAUAAACAAGAUUCAAGGCCAUAGUCAUUAUUCUCCUGCCUCUGUGGUAUGAAUAGCUUUAGAAUAAAUUAAACUGCAGGUCUUCCAGACUCGAAAGGGUUUAUAUUCUAUCGUUUUGUCUUAGUACUUCCCAUGAUAUUGUCGAACAAGAACAUCAAAAUAUUCAUGUUUCUGAGUAACAUUCCGAAAGAGAAAUAAUUAUUAUGUUUAUGAACUGUUGCAUCAGGCUUUAUGUCCUCAAGUUAAAUGACGUAUUGUGAAGUUCCAGUGGUUCAGAAAUAAUUAUUAUACUCAAUAUGACGAGUUGGAAUAAUCUUUUAUCACUUUACAAGUGUGUGUUAAGGUUAAAAAUGAAAAGAUAAUAAUGUGUGACAUCGUGCUGCCAACUGGAAUUAAAAGCCUAGAGAGUGGGAAAGAGAGCAAGACGAAUCAUCAGAAGUUCUUAUAGCAUCAUUACUCCAUUAAAGUAAACGUUUCCAAUCAAAAGAAAACCUCCGUCAUUUACCUUUCCACCAGGACCGCCCAUUGAAAUAGUAGACAAUUUCCACCAUCAUUUACACGGUAUAUAAGUUAGCCAGCUGUAAUUGCGACGUCUGUUUGACGCCAUUGUUUUGGUAAAAAAAUGUCAUGAGUUCAAGUCUUGUCAUUUCCACAUGUUCUUCUUCUGGACAAUAAUGAAGGAUGAAUUGAAAUCAAUUAAAAUUGUUUAUUUUAUGAGACUGUAUGCACUUAAGGUGUGUUUGUGGGUACAUAAAGAAUCUUUUUCUUUCAAUCAUAUCCCAGCAAAGGUUUUCUUUGGCGGGGUUUCAUUUGAUUUGUUGUGGAUUGGAUGAUGGAAAACCAAGCAAGCACGAAGCAUGUCGUGGUUGGCACAUGGUUUCGGGUGUGAACGAGCAUUAUGGAUAGUGGAGGUUAGGCUUAUAAAUGGUUUGCUUUUGUCUGUGCUUCUGCAGGUACUAUUGCUUAGCUCUGCUCUUCUUUAUCGUGAAGUUGCUUCCAUCGCAUUAAUAAUUAUAAAAAGGUUACGAUUAAUUUGUUUUAUAAAAGGUUGCUAUUAGUAAUUUGCUUCUUUUGGUUUUGUUCCUUGAUGGUCACUCUACUACAAACUUAGUAUCAAAUUUGAACUGUUGUCUUUCUUAAUCCAAAAUAUGGUGUUCAUUGGCAAAGUGCAAGGAGGAAUUCAAGGAAUCAUAUUUGAUGGAAAUGCACUCAAGAAUUCUGUUCUACGACAUGCCCGCUUAGUGAAUCCAGUAAUGCUGCCACUUAUGUUUGCAUUAAGCUCCACAGCAUCUGACAUUUUCAGAGACAAGGGUAAUGCGCUGAUGGUUCUCGGCUCUGGUGCACUACAGAUGAUAAUAUAUGACAAACCAAAAUGUUGGAGCAUUGGUGGUUAUGGAAACUUGGGAAAAUUAAAAUAAAACAAUUGCUGGAAUUAAUAGAGGAAGAGAUUAUUUCAGGAAAAUCAUAGUACAGGGUGCAAGUCAAUGAAAAGCUGGGGACAUUAUGACACAGAGAUAACCGCGUCAGGCGCAUUCCUACAGUUGAUCAGACUUGUAUGAUGGGAUGGUGUCCAUUGGAGAUGUUUGUGCUGUUGCAAUUGAGCAGAAGAACGAGCUGAACCGUGUAAAUGCUUACAUACAAGGAGUUUACUAGAUGAUGACAACAAUAAACAAAUGGAUCAUUCCCUUUUUCUUGUAUAUAUUUGCAUGCUUGGUUCUCUAGUAUUUGUUUGCGCCUCUAGAGGUGGCCUACUGCACUACUUUUUCAGUUUAGUGUGCUUAUAAUUGGCAGUUGUUUAAGAUGGUAAUUUUUUUGAACAAGAUAAAUGGUGUUUCGCCAUGUUUUAAGGGAACAAUAUCGACAUAUUCUUAGGUGCAUUAUGCGGUA